UUAACUAACCAUUUUAGCACUAUCUUGUUGAACUAAGCUUUUUCCUACACGAUUUAACCGACCUUUGAGUCAUUACUACGAUAACAACCAGUCGUAAUAAGGUUCAACAUGAGCUUGGUGUUUAAGGUUGUAAGCAGGUAGAUCUUUUCCCGUAUGUGAACAAAUGAUGUACUUUUAUUUGAUGCACUGGUACUGAUUUGAGAAUGUAGAAUUCCUACUCGUUCGUGUGGUAUCUAUUUUACUGAUCUGGGAAUUUCAAAGCUGUUUCCAUAGAGGUGAAUCAACUAACGACGACCAUCCAUUGAUUUAACACUCCCUGUUGUUUUACCAAAGUCUAAAUCCGUACCCGACUUGUCUCCAAGCAACAUGAAGCCUCCAAAUUUCAAUCUUGAAUCAGAAGAUGAGUCCGAGGUCAGCAACUGCCAAGUGGGUUCAAACAUAUCCGUCCAAGAAAUUCGCCCUGGUCCUUCCCUUAAUAUUCAGCAGGAAUCAGUUUCUGUUACUCUUGACUUGAUUCUUGGUUUCAACAGCAGUGACUCCGAGUUGAAAACCAAUGGAGAGGCGAGUGACGAAGUAGUACCCCAUCCUCCAACGGCAGCAUUAUCCAGAGUUUUCUCGUGCAAUUUCUGCAGGCGCAAGUUUUACAGCUCCCAGGCGUUGGGCGGACACCAGAACGCACAUAAGAGGGAGAGGACUUUAGCUAAGAGAGCAAUGCGGAUGGGAAUGUUAUCAGACAGGUAUGCUAGCUUAGCAUCAUUGCCCCUUCACGGGGCUGCAUUUCGAUCUCUUGGCGUUGAAGCUCAUGCUUCCGCACACCAACGCAUCUCGCACCAAGAAAUGCCUAUUCACGCAGUUAGAAGCGGGGCUAGAUUUGAACAAGGCUAUUUCGGGAUGCCAGUAUUCGUGGAGGAUGAUGAAGUGGAGGUGUUCUGGCCCGGUAGCUUCAGGCAAAUAGAGGGAAUUGGUGGCAAUAUGGGGUAUAAUUCAGGUCAAAGUUCAAGCAUAAAUUUUGUAGCUGUAGCUCCUCAAACUAGGACAGAUCCAACAUUGCCUGAUCUUAAUUUGAAACUCUGAUGGUUUUUUUUUUUUUUUGCAUUCUAUUCUACUUUUUGUAUCAGAAUUUUCAUAAUUGUGGUAUUACAUUAGUGCUCUAUUUGUACAGGAGGUGAA